GUGGUUCUCUGCGGGGGCUCUGCGAGGAUUCCUCGGCUGCAGCAGAUGAUCAAAGAUCUGUUCGCUGACGUGGAGCUGCUCAGCUCCGCCCCUCCUGAUGAAGUCAUUGCGGUCGGCGCAGCGAUGGAGGCGGGCCUUCUAGUCGGCCGGGAGAUUGGCUCCUCCCCAGAGUCUGUUAUCGUGGAAGCCUGUGUCUCAGACAUUCUGCUCAAGGAGGUGGAUGAAACAGGGGCUGAGGUGUUCUCUGUGCUCCUCCCCUCGGGCACACCCCUUCCUGCUCGGCGACAUCACAUCCUGUCUGGUCCUGGCCGUCUGGCAUCCCUCUGUCUGGAGCUUUACCAGAAAACCACAGAGCAGCCAGAGAGACUGGCCAAGAUUGUUCUGAGAGACCUGGAGACCAAAGAGGACAACCAUGACAUUGAUGCCGUGGUAACCAUGAAGAGGGACGGGUCUCUCCAUGUGACCUGUGUGGAGCAGAACAGUGGGAAGACUGAAGCCAUCAGCAUAUCAGCAGCCUCCUGUUUUCACCUCGAACUCCAACUUAAUGUCACUAUACUUGUUGUUGAAGUUCAUUUUAAAGUUUAAAUAAAGACAUUAUGGUU